UAACAAGCAUCAUGUUCAGACUAAUAUCUUUCAUUUGUCUUCUAAGUUGUGUUUUUGCUGCACCUGGAUACCUAGGUGGUUUGGGAUUGGGUGGUUACGGAGGUUUAGCAGCAGCACCAGCAUUAAUCCAUGCACCAGCAAUAGCAGUAGCUCAUCCAGUUGCAGGAGCUACAAGUUAUGUACGCUUCACCAAAAUAACUCCUCCAGAACCAGCUAUAGCAGUUGCUCAUGCUCCAAUUGCUGUGGCUGCUCAGCCAAUCAUUCAAAAGACAAUUUUAGCACCACAAUCAUAUGGACUUACUGGACUCAGUGGAAUUGGACUUCAUGGAGGUUAUGGACUUGGUGGAAUUGGACUUCAUGGAGGUUAUGGACUUGGUGGUCUGGGACUACUUGGUCAUGGUGGAUAUCAUAUCUAA